UAAGGUCGUGGCCGCUCCACUUUGUCCCUUUCGUCUACAUCUUCGUCACAUUCACCAUAAAAACUCUCCCCUCUUUCUCUGCCAUUGCGGAGCCUAACCCAAGCAUGACCAGCUCCUCCGACUCCGCCCGCAAGGCUCUGAGUAAGAUUGCCUGCAAUCGCCUCCAGAAGGAGCUCGUUGAGUGGCAGGUUAACCCUCCCGCUGGUUUUAAACACAGGGUCACCGAUAAUCUUCAAAGGUGGGUGAUUGAAGUCAACGGAGCCCCUGGAACUCUCUAUGCAAAUGAAACCUACCAGCUUCAGGUGGAUUUCCCCGAACAUUAUCCAAUGGAAGCCCCACAGGUUAUAUUUCUGCAUCCAGCUCCCCUGCAUCCUCAUAUCUAUAGCAACGGUCACAUUUGUCUAGAUAUUUUGUACGAUUCAUGGUCGCCGGCAAUGACUGUAAGUUCCAUCUGUAUCAGCAUUCUCUCCAUGCUGUCAAGCUCCCCCGCAAAGCAACGCCCUGACGAUAACGAUCGUUAUGUAAAGAAUUGUAGGAACGGAAGGUCUCCAAAGGAGACGAGGUGGUGGUUCCACGACGACAAGGUGUAACGUAACCUCUUCCAUUGUGUUAUGGGUGUGGCUUCCGUUGUUUGUAAGUUGAAAAGGAAGUAGAAAAUGAUUAUGGAAACGAAAAAAGGAAGUAAAAAAGUGGAAAGGCGUGGCAUUUUGUAAAGGAGGAAGAUGAAUUUGUGCUGUUUUUUUUGUCUUUUUUUUUUUUACCAAUUUCUGAAGAACAACAGAAGUAGUAGUCUGUUCCUUCCUUGGCUUCAUAAAUCAUCAUCACUACUAAUAUGCCUCCUUCCUUUCACAUCA